GGUUGGUUACGCCGAGGGAAGCCCCGACUCCGUAGUCGCGGUUCGGAGUCUGUCUCUCCGCCGGUUCCCGGCCCCGCCGAUCUCAGUUCUCUGUCGCCUGCGGUUCGCCGCCCCGCUCGCCGCCGCGAUGCCGGUGUUUCAUACGCGCACGAUCGAGAGCAUCCUGGAGCCGGUGGCACAGCAGAUCUCGCACCUGGUGAUCAUGCACGAGGAGGGCGAGGUGGACGGCAAAGCCAUCCCUGACCUAACCGCGCCCGUGGCCGCCGUGCAGGCGGCCGUCAGCAACCUCGUUCGGGUUGGAAAAGAGACUGUUCAAACCACUGAGGAUCAGAUUUUGAAGAGAGAUAUGCCACCAGCAUUUAUUAAGGUUGAGAAUGCUUGCACCAAGCUUGUCCAGGCAGCCCAGAUGCUUCAGUCAGACCCUUACUCAGUGCCUGCUCGAGAUUACCUAAUCGACGGGUCAAGGGGCAUUCUCUCUGGCACAUCAGACCUGCUCCUUACCUUCGACGAGGCUGAGGUUCGUAAAAUCAUCAGAGUUUGCAAAGGAAUUUUGGAAUAUCUUACAGUGGCAGAGGUGGUUGAGACUAUGGAAGAUUUGGUCACUUACACAAAGAAUCUUGGGCCAGGAAUGACUAAGAUGGCCAAGAUGAUUGAUGAGAGACAGCAGGAGUUGACGCACCAGGAGCACCGAGUGAUGUUGGUGAACUCGAUGAACACCGUGAAAGAGUUGCUGCCAGUUCUCAUUUCAGCUAUGAAGAUUUUUGUUACAACUAAAAACUCAAAAAACCAAGGAAUAGAAGAAGCUUUGAAAAAUCGCAAUUUUACUGUAGAAAAAAUGAGCGCUGAAAUUAAUGAGAUCAUUCGUGUAUUACAACUCACUUCUUGGGAUGAAGAUGCUUGGGCCAGCAAGGACACUGAAGCCAUGAAGAGAGCAUUGGCCUCCAUAGACUCCAAACUAAACCAGGCCAAAGGUUGGCUCCGUGACCCCAGUGCCUCUCCAGGGGAUGCCGGUGAGCAGGCCAUCAGACAGAUCCUAGAUGAAGCUGGAAAAGUUGGUGAACUCUGUGCAGGCAAAGAACGCAGGGAGAUCCUGGGAACGUGCAAAAUGCUAGGGCAGAUGACUGAUCAAGUGGCUGACCUCCGUGCCAGAGGACAAGGAAAUUCACCAGUGGCCAUGCAGAAAGCCCAGCAGGUGUCUCAGGGUCUGGAUGUGCUCACAGCAAAAGUGGAAAAUGCAGCUCGUAAGCUGGAAGCCAUGACAAACUCAAAGCAGAGCAUUGCGAAGAAGAUUGAUGCUGCUCAGAAUUGGCUCGCAGAUCCAAAUGGUGGACCGGAAGGAGAAGAACAGAUUCGAGGGGCUUUGGCUGAGGCUCGGAAAAUAGCAGAAUUAUGUGAUGAUCCUAAAGAAAGAGAUGACAUUCUACGUUCCCUUGGAGAAAUAUCUGCUCUGACUUCUAAAUUAGCAGAUCUACGAAGACAGGGGAAAGGGGAUUCCCCAGAGGCUCGAGCGUUGGCCAAGCAGGUGGCCACGGCCCUGCAGAACCUGCAGACCAAAACCAACAGGGCUGUGGCCAACAGCAGACCUGCCAAAGCAGCUGUGCACCUCGAGGGCAAGAUUGAGCAAGCGCAGCGGUGGAUCGAUAAUCCCACACUGGAUGACCGGGGAGUCGGUCAGGCUGCCAUCCGGGGGCUUGUGGCUGAAGGGCAUCGUCUGGCUAAUGUCAUGAUGGGGCCUUAUCGCCAAGAUCUUCUCGCCAAGUGUGACCGAGUGGAUCAGCUGACAGCCCAACUGGCUGACCUGGCUGCCAGAGGGGAAGGGGAGAGUCCUCAGGCGCGAGCACUUGCAUCUCAGCUCCAAGACUCCUUAAAGGAUCUGAAAGCUCGCAUGCAGGAGGCCAUGACUCAGGAGGUGUCAGAUGUUUUCAGCGAUACCACAACUCCCAUCAAGCUGUUGGCAGUGGCAGCCACUGCCCCUCCCGAUGCACCCGGUAGGGAAGAGGUAUUUGAUGAGAGGGCAGCUAACUUUGAAAACCAUUCAGGAAGGCUCGGUGCCACGGCAGAGAAGGCGGCUGCUGUUGGUACUGCUAAUAAGUCAACGGUGGAAGGCAUUCAGGCAUCGGUGAAGACGGCCCGAGAACUCACACCCCAGGUGGUCUCGGCUGCUCGCAUCUUACUUAGGAACCCUGGAAAUCAAGCCGCUUAUGAACAUUUUGAGACCAUGAAGAACCAGUGGAUUGAUAAUGUUGAAAAAAUGACAGGGCUGGUGGACGAAGCCAUUGAUACCAAAUCUCUGUUGGAUGCUUCUGAAGAAGCAAUUAAAAAAGAUCUGGACAAGUGUAAGGUAGCCAUGGCCAACAUUCAGCCUCAGAUGCUGGUUGCUGGGGCAACCAGCAUUGCUCGUCGGGCCAACCGGAUCCUGCUGGUGGCUAAGAGGGAGGUGGAGAACUCUGAGGAUCCCAAGUUCCGUGAGGCUGUGAAAGCUGCCUCUGAUGAAUUGAGCAAAACCAUCUCCCCGAUGGUCAUGGAUGCCAAGGCCGUGGCUGGAAACAUUUCUGACCCUGGCCUGCAAAAGAGCUUCCUGGACUCGGGAUAUCGGAUCCUGGGAGCAGUGGCCAAGGUCAGAGAAGCCUUCCAACCUCAGGAGCCUGACUUCCCGCCUCCUCCACCAGACCUUGAACAACUCCGACUAACAGAUGAGCUUGCUCCUCCAAAACCACCUCUGCCUGAGGGUGAAGUCCCCCCGCCCAGGCCUCCACCCCCAGAGGAGAAGGAUGAAGAGUUCCCUGAGCAGAAAGCCGGGGAGGUGAUUAACCAGCCGAUGAUGAUGGCUGCCAGGCAGCUCCAUGAUGAAGCUCGCAAAUGGUCUAGCAAGCCGGGUAUCCCAGCCGCUGAGGUGGGUAUAGGUGUUGUAGCUGAGGCAGAUGCGGCUGAUGCUGUUGGGUUCCCUGUCCCCCCUGACAUGGAAGACGAUUACGAACCUGAGCUGCUGUUAAUGCCAUCCAAUCAGCCGGUCAACCAGCCCAUUCUGGCCGCGGCUCAGUCCUUGCAUCGGGAAGCUACCAAGUGGUCUAGUAAGGGCAAUGACAUCAUUGCAGCAGCCAAGCGCAUGGCUCUGCUGAUGGCUGAGAUGUCUCGGCUGGUAAGAGGGGGCAGUGGUACCAAGCGGGCACUCAUCCAGUGUGCCAAGGACAUCGCCAAGGCCUCAGAUGAGGUGACACGAUUGGCCAAGGAGGUUGCCAAGCAGUGCACAGAUAAGCGGAUUAGAACCAAUCUCUUACAGGUAUGUGAGCGGAUCCCAACCAUAAGCACCCAGCUCAAAAUCCUGUCCACAGUGAAGGCCACCAUGCUGGGCCGGACCAACAUCAGUGAUGAGGAGUCUGAGCAGGCCACCGAGAUGCUGGUCCACAACGCCCAGAACCUCAUGCAGUCUGUGAAGGAGACGGUGCGAGAAGCAGAGGCUGCUUCAAUCAAAAUUCGAACAGAUGCUGGUUUUACACUGCGCUGGGUUAGAAAGACUCCUUGGUACCAGUAGGCACCUGGCAAACCUGGCUGGGACAGAAACCCCUACUAAACAGAAAGAAAAUUAUCUGAGUCCCAGGAGCCACCCAGAGUUGCUGGGAGUUGAAAGCCACAUCCUGGCCUGACACAUCAGAAAGGAAUAGGGGCCUCUUCACAUUAGAAAACAUUUAUACUUUUUUCAUGGACACUUUGAAACGUGUCUCCGUAUAAAGCCUGUAUUCUCAAACACAGUUACGCUCGUGCACACUCUAUCCCAAACAGGCAGACUGGGUUUCUAGCUCAUGGACUUCACAUAAGCUCAGAAUCCAAGAGUGAACACUAGCCAGACACCUUGCUCUGCCCUUGAUCCCUAGGAGACAUUUCCCUCUGUCUCCCUCUGCUGGACCCCAUUUACUCUUCCGGGUUCCCAAGACCCAGGGCCCAGGCAAGUCAGUUAAGAAGGAAAUCACUGUGCCUCCAAAAAUUGUUUUGAGCUUUCCCUGCUGCUGCGGACCCUGCCUGCCUUCCCUGGGCUAUGCUACCUUGGUCCUUUUCAGAAGUGAGCUUCGCUGCUGCAGGGGAAGGCGGCCGCUGGGGAGCCCCAGCAUCUGGGGCCUGGAUUCAUUUCCUGCCUUUCCCCAGCUUAAUCCUUCUAAUUUCCCACAGUAUAAAACCAACUUUCACAGAGGAAAUCAAGAGUCAUUUGAUUCUGUCUUUACCAUGCCCCCGAGCAAUGUCUGUGCUAGGGAAACUUCCCAUCCCAUAUCCUGCCUUGGCCACCAAGGUAGCCAUCCCACAAACACACUGUGUCCUGGUGCUCUCUGCCACUGGAGGGGCAGAGUAGCUGGGGUGUGGCCCUGCUCAUCUCCCUGGUGGGGCCACUCUCAGGUGCUCUACGCUUUGUCACUGCCUGCGGAGGUCUGUGCUGAGGCCUUAUCAUUCAUUUUUAGCUCUUAAUUAUUCUUUCUGAGCUGAAAUGCUGCAUUUAAUUUUUAACCAAAUCAUGUCUCCCAUCCUGGUUUUUGUAGUCUUCCCCUACACCCUUCCUAAACAAGAUUUGAAAGAUACGUAGGUGUUCAUCUGUGGUUUUGGAAGAUCCUUUUUAUCCUUUUGAAAUUAAGUCCUAAGAAUUAGUGCUUGCCCCCCCAAGAGUGUUUAGUGGGAAGGUAAUCCUGUCUGAAGGACAUUUCCUGCCUAAGGCAGAGUGGUAUUUGCAGACUAGAAUUCUGGUGCUACUAGGAAUGAAUCAGUGGGAAAUACUCCUUUGUAAUUCCUUCCUCCUUUCAGCCACCUACGAGCCCCCUACAUCCUCUUCCAAGUAUGACUGUUCAAGAGAGUAAUGGUAUAAUAUUUAUCACCACAGUAAGAUUCCUAUUAGGCAAAGUUAGAGAGGGCAAUUUUUCCUUUUUUGUACCUAUCACUGCUAAGUAUUUCCUGGUAUAUGAAACCAUAUUUCUUCCAGAGCCCAGAACCAGAUAAGUAAAGGAGUAAGAACUCUAGCCUGAAUGUCCUUCCUUCCAGCCCUCAAUGUGUGUUCAAUCCCAACACUGAAUGUGUAGAACUUGUGUUAAGGUGGUUGGUCCUGUACACUCAGGCUUCCUCUAUUCCCUUUUAAUUGAUGAAGGUUAUUUUCAAAGCCCUCAGCAUAUUUGUAUAGUGCUUAACUGAUAUAAAUGCAAUAUUAAUGCCUUUAAAGUAUGAAUCUAUGCCAAAGAUCACCUUUUGUUUUACUAAAGAUCAGAGGAAAUAAGAAAAAUCAUGUUUGCUCUCUACGUUCUUCCAGUGGUUUGAGACACUGGUUUAUAUUUUAUGCCAGAUGUGUUUUUCUCUAAUAUCAGUGCUCAAGACACAGUGAAACAAUUUAAAAGACAAACAAAUCCCUGAAUGAUGAUUAGAUAUGUCACCACUAAAAAACUACAUUUAUAAGCUAGGAUUUAUUAUAUGCAAAUAUUUUCUGCCUCUUCUUUUCUGUUUAAAACAAUAAAAUGCAUUUGUAUAAA